CCUUCGCCCGUUGCCUUCCUCCUCCCUACACACCCUCCUCCCAAAGCUAACCUUUCCAAUUUUGGAGCUUUACCAUGAAUGCCGGCACCACCUAAACACUCUCCUACAGUGAAAAGCUUUAUAGACACCACUUGUCUCCCCGCAUGCCUUCCGCCUUCACAUUUUCAUCUUCAAGCGAUCCGCCCUUAUCCUCUACGUCAAGCUCCGCUUGAACCGUAAUCCCAUUCAACCCCUCCCGCCUUCCCCACAUUCCACGGGAACUGCAACGCGUUUACCAAGAGAACAAGAGAACAAGCGCUUUCGUCCUCAUUCAAUUGCUUCGUUUUUCAUUUCCUCGUUCACAGAGAUCAACGAUAUUCCACUAGAGCCAAACCUUUUUUUUUUUUCAUACUAUCCUUCUUGUCAACAAUCUUUCCCCCGCGAUCGCCACUUCAAAUCGAUAAUUAACUCAUCAACCACCCACCAUACCAUCUAAGAGAAUGGCAGACAGUCCUCAACCUGGCGGGAUCAAGAGGAGCUUUGAUGAUUCUGGCAGCUCUGGAGCCGAUUGGCCCUCUCGCAAGAGUGGUAGACCAUCUUCCGGUUCUCCCGGUCGUUAUGUUCUGCCUUCGAUUCUGGAUGGAAGUGGGCGGGUCCCAACGAUAUCUCGAAAGGUCAGGGCUUGCGCCGCCUGCAAGAAACAGAAAAUUCGCUGCGAUUUCGAGGAGGGAGAAUCAACUUGUGUGAGAUGCAAGAAAAUGAAAUUGGAAUGUGUCGUCAAUAGGAGUCUGCAGACUAUCCUGGAUGAAGAUGUAGAGUGGAAGCGCCUGAUGCGCGAUGAUACUACGCAACUCCAACGUGCCGUUGAAGACCUGCUACAGAUCAAUGGCAUGCGCCCUUUGACGGCGUAUUCAUACACCAUGGAUUCUCCAGUUUCAUCCGACGCCUCAACCACCGAGAGGGGGCGAUAUCCAACCUCUGAGAGGUACAACGACGGCAGAUAUGAUCGGGGCAUAUCUGCCGCAGCAUCGCACGUAAGAUAUCCAGAUCGUUAUUUGGAAAAAGUCAAGGUGGAGGAGAAUGACGGACACUCUCUGGUUUCAAAUCCCAUGGGGUCGCUGUACGAGGUGACGAAUCUUCAAGGUCCUAGAAGUAGCCUCCGCAUUGGGCAACAGCACCCUUCCGAGUCGGACGGCGACUUUGUUUCCUCUGGGCUCAUUACACAGGCUGAGGCGGAGGCACUAUUCACAAUAUUUAGGGAUUCUCUCAACCACUAUCUCUUUGAUAUCGCUCUGACGCAUAACACUUUGGAGGCUGCUCGGGCUUCUUCAUGCUUGUUAACCGCUGCGAUAUUUACCGUAUCGUCACUGCAUCUUCCCCAACACCACCAUCUCUUUCCAAAACUCUGUCGGGAAUUCCUCCGCCUUGUUUCUUCAUCCAUGUUCGACCGUUAUCAUCAGAUGGAUGACAUCCGCGCACUCUGCAUCGGAGCCUUCUGGCUUACGGAGCUUUCGUGGAAGCUGUCGGGUCAUGCUGUUCGGAUCGCAACCGAGAUGGGAAUCCACCAAUCUUUUCGAAAGGCCCUCGCAGGGUCACCCGAACACUUCGAACGGGCUCGGCUUUGGUAUCUGUUGUAUGUUUGUGACCACCAUUUUUCAAUCGCGUAUGGACGCCCCCCGGUAAUCCAUGAUCACGAGCCCAUGCGCAAGUACGAGUUGUAUCUGCAGUCAAGUCUUGCUAUCGAGGGCGACAACAGAGUCAUCAGUCAGGUCUCAUUAUUUGUCGUCAUGACUCGGAUUUAUAAUUGUUUCGAGGGCGAGGCCGAGGGUGAGAUUUCAGACGAGAGUUUAUCGCAGUUGGCGGGAUUCAACGAGCAGUUGGAUAACUGGCGUAACACAUGGCGUACCCGACUUCAAACGAACGCUUUUGUGGGCGACUACCCAGCAAAGGGCGUUGACCUCCAUUACCACUUUGCCAAACUCCAGCUCAAUUCGUUAUCAUUACGUGGGGCCUCGACUGCUACCAUCAAUAACCUGAGCCCCCUGAGGAAGGAGUAUGCGAAUAUCGCUAUAAACUCGGCGGCGUCCGUGCUUGCUGUGGUCUUAGAAGAGUCAUCAAUCCGAGAUUCGCUGAUUGGCGUCCCAUUAUACAUCGAUACAAUGAUCGCAUUCGCAGCAGUCUUUCUGCUCAAGGUCACUGCGCGAUGGAAAGGCGUUGGAUUUUCCUCCCUCGCGCCAGCGCAGGUAUGGACACAGGUCGGUAUGGUGAUCGAGCUAUUGAAAGAGAAACAAGCCGGGGAACAACACAUCAUCCACCAGCCAUUCCCCCGCACAAAUCCUUACGCCCAGAAGCCUCCCGCCGUACCAUGA